UCUCUUGAGUUUUCAUGCCUUAGAAAUUCUAUUCGAUUGUCUGUUCUGACUUUCGUUUAUUCCAAAAUAUAAAGCCACUCACACAAAAGCGUUAGCAUUUUGCCUUUAAAAAUAAAUAAAACAAAGAAGCAUUUCGCGCUAAGAUAAAUCAGUGAACGCACGUAUAAAUAUGUAGUCGUUUAUGUGUAAUACGUGCAUUGUUGUGCAGAGUGGACAUAUUGUUGUAGCUGUGUAGUGGGAUUGUCCGUGAUUCAGUAUCAAGGGUAUGGUUCGGGCGCUGGUCGGUCGUUGUUUAUAUCUAACAGUUACGUAAGUGCAGGCGCAGUGGUGGGCAUGCGACGCGCGCGGAAGGCUGCGCGGGCGCCGGCGACCUGGCCGCCGGCGGCCGCUGUGCUGGCUGUGCUGACGCUGGCUGCUGGCGCUGGGACUGCUGCGACACCAGCGCCCCCCGAGCCCGACACCCUGGCGGCGCUGGGCGGGAUCCUGCCGCCCAUCGUCGUCGACAACUUCGACGAGCUGGUGAAGGCUGCCUCCGCUACCUGCGAGGCGCUCCCGCGACAGCUGCUGUUUGCGCGCACGACGGCGCCGGAGCUGCCGCUGACGGAGGUGGUGCAGUACACGCGGCGCGCGCGGCGCAGCCACCGCGUGCUGAGCGCGCACCGCACGCUGCGCGCGCCGCCCGGCGAGCGCGUCGUGCUCUACGUGCCGGGCUGGUGGAACACGCCCGCCGACGCCUCCUCGCAGGCCAUCGUCAGGGCGCUCAUGACUCGCCACCGCUCCGUGCUGCUGCUCGACACGCGCCUCUCCUUCUGCCGGGGCUACAUCUCGGCAGUAUCCAGCAUCAACCCGCUCUCGCACCUCCUCUUUAGCUUCGUUAAGAAUUUACACAAGAAAGGUCAUUCUAUGUCAUCCAUACACUUGAUAGGGUUCAGCCUGGGCGCCCAUGUGGCCGGGAUGACCGGCAAACUGGUCAAGAUGAAACUGAACGCCACGAUAGGACAGAUAACGGCACUGGACCCGGCGCGACCCUGCUUCGCUCGCGCGGACCAGCGCCUGGAGAGGGGCGACGCCGAGUUCGUGCAGGUGAUCCACUCGAGCGCCGGCGUGCUGGGCAUCGAGGAGCCGCUGGGACACGCCGACGUGUACGUUAACGGAGUGCCCGGGAAGCACCCGGAGUGCGAGCACAAGGCCAUCAGCCUGGAGUGCGACCACGCGCAAGCUUGGAAACUAUUCGCGGCGUCUGCGGUCAAUGAAAAGGUAUUGAUGGGGCGGCAGUGUGCCAACUGGGGCGAGCUGCUGCAGAACAUGUGCAGCGGCAACGAGACACAGCUGGGCUACGCGUGCCGGCCGGACGCGCACGGUAUGUUCCUCUACAAGUCCCGGUCGAAGAGCAAGCCGCCGCCGGCGCCGCGCAAGCCGUCCCGCGCGCUGCGCUGGCCGCUCGCCUGGUAGCUCGCACCGACUCCAAUGGAUUUGCUCAGGAUCUUUAACUUCUGAGGACCGAUAUAAUUGCCUAUAACCCGAUUACCGUCGAAACGUUGUGAUAACGUGCCUGUGAUAUUAGUUAGUAUAAGUUUUUAAUUUUGCUCUUGUUAAGUCUAUGUUUAAUUAAAUGUGUUAAAGAAA